GAUCGGAGACUGGCGGUUGCAACGGCGAGACAACAACGACAAGAUAACAUGUACGACCAACGUACGUACGCCCGUCCGACGGGACACCCGGCCGGCCCGCCGGCAGAAUUCCCUCGCUCCGAUGAUCUCCCGGCCUCCCCACAUCAUCGUGGAUAGGGCAGCAGGCACGCGCGUUUACACUCCCAUCCACACCAAGCUAGCCGCCACGACGCCCAUCCAUCCAUAUGCUUCUCCGCUAGUACUAGUAUAUACUCCGUACUAGCCUGAGGGAGUCCCGCACUGGGCAUCUCACACUCGAUCUCCACUCUCAGCUUGGCACCUGCUUCGUUCAACUGGUCAAGGACAGCCGCCUGCAUGCACGGGUAGUGGUAGCUCACCUAGAAGCAACCAGGAUCCGCAGCCAGCGGCCCAGAGCGCGACGAGCUUUACUCCGCUAGCUGCUCCCCCCUCCCUCCUCUGCCUCUUCCUCUUCCUCUCGGAGAUCGAUACGUACGAUGCGCGCCCGCGGGGAGGUGGCGCUGGCCGCGCUGCUGCUGGCGGUGGCGGCUGCGGCGGCGGCGCUCCUGCCGUCGUCGUCGCUGGACUCGCGCAGCGACGUCAGGAUACUGGAGAUCGGCGACGGCGACGACGUACUCCAGCUGCUGCCGCUGCUGGACGGCGCCGUGGGGCCCGAGAGCCUCGUGUUCGCCGACGAUGACGGCGGCGGCCCGUUCACGGGCGUGUCGGACGGCCGUGUCCUCAGGUGGGUGCCCGCCGACCGCCGGUGGGCCGAGCACUCCUCCUCCUCCGCGCCCGAGGACCUGCUGGACAGCUGCAGAGGCUCCCAGGACCCGGGCCGUGAGCACGAGUGCGGCCGCCCACUGGGCCUCAAGUUCAACCACGCCACCGGGGAGCUCUACGUGGCGGACGCCUACCACGGCCUCCGCGUCGUCUCGCCGGACGACGGCAAGGUGUCGAGGCCGGUGGCGCCGCAGUGGUGGCGGCAGGGCACCGGCCGCCCCUUCAGCUUCGCCAACGGCGUCGAGCUCGACCCGGAAACCGGCGCCGUCUACUUCACCGAGACGAGCACGAGGUUCCAGCGGAGGGAGUUCCUGAGCAUCGUCAUCUCCGGCGACACCACGGGGAGGCUGCUGCGGUACGACCCGAAGAGCGGGGAGGUGGAGGUGCUGGUCGACGGCCUGGCGUUCCCCAACGGCCUCGCGAUGAGCAGGGACGGCACGCACCUGCUCCUCGCGGAGACCACCACGGGGAGGAUCCUCCGGUACUGGCUCCGGCCGCCGGCGGCGAAGGCGGCGGGGGCGAUGGAAGAGGUGGCGCGGCUGCCGUGGUUCCCGGACAACAUCAGGAUGAGCCCCCGGGGAGGCUUCUGGGUGGGGAUCCACGCCAAGAGGGGCAAGAUCGCCGAGUGGUGCAUCUCCUACCCGUGGCUCCGGCGGGUGGUGCUGUCGCUGCCGCCGCGCCAUGUCCAGCGCGCCUCGUGGCUGCUCAACCGCCUUGGGCGGCAGGUGAUCGCGGUGAGGUUGAGUGAGGAGGACGGGAAGGUGAUGGAGAUGAUCAGCGUUCAUGGGGAUCUUCAGAAGGUGUUCAGGUCGGUCAGUGAAGUGGAGGAGAGGAAUGGCAGCCUCUGGAUUGGCUCUGUCAUGUCGCCGUUUCUUGGAGUGUACAAGUUGUAGUAGAAGCAUUUUAUAUACAUGGUGUUAUACGCUUAAAUAUGGAUUGGGUAUAUGUUACUAGUAGUUUAUUAUUAUAGUAAAGGAAAACAUGCAUACAUACAUACAUCAUAUAUUCGUGUAUAGAUGCUACUAGUAAUUUCUUGUACCAAAAUAGAGCUGUUCA